CGCUUGAACGAGCAAAGUUACCUACUGGAAAAGUGUAUAGACAGACUUAAAGCCUUCUAUCUUCAGUCAAAGGUCUGAAAUCUGAAUCAAUCAAAUUUUCAAAUAUUACGAACCCUCAACUUUGGUUGGGAUCUACAGAAAUUUCAGUAGAGAGGUGGUGGAAAUGAUUAAUCAGAAGUUCACGGGUACUUCAAAACAAGGGUGAAACAGCAAAGGAAAAACCCGGUUUGGUUCAAGACAUAUUGGAUAUUGGAUAUAAGUGUGUUAGAAAUGAAGUAGGCGCUACCCUCACCUUAGUUUUGUUACAUUUUGAUAAAUGAAUCUGCAUUACCAUAAUACUGUUCUCGUUCUUCUGGUAAAUGUGCUUGUCUUUGUGUCUGCAUCAUUCAACAGUGAACACUAUAAUCAAGCCUCAUUUCGUACUAAAAGAGAGAUUCAAUUGAAUGAAAUAUCUAGAAUUCUGAAAGAAGUGCCCGCAUUUCAGCACGAUGCUAUUGCUGGGCGAAUCUUCGACACUAUAAUUACUCUUCUUCGAGACUCAUAUAACACACUACGUUUAAAGGAUGUCCACUCAGAGAUUAAAGAUGACACUUUAGGACAAACAUUUGCAUUGACAUUUGAAAAUACUGCUGUAUUAUGUGAUCUUAUCCUACGCUUUCCUGAUGCCUAUCAUUCUAAAUAUGAUAAUAAUGAUGAUGUAUCAAAUUUAUUAAAAUGGUCAUUUAAUCUGUUGCGUGAAUCAAAACUGAUGACCAAAUCAGAUGAAAAUAUAUUACAUCUAACUGAACAAGAAUUGAAUUUUAUUCCACGCGAAGAAAAUUAUGUGAAUGAGUUUAGUUCACAUCAGAAAAUGAUCAAAGAGAAACUGGAAGCUGAUGCAGCUCGUAAAGCGUCCAAGACAGCUGCCAAACGUCAUAAACGUACCAAGAAGCCCAGAAUCACACCGGUUCGAAGUGAACUUUAAACAGGACUGAUAAUGACAACCAGUUUAUAAUGAAAUGUUUUGUUUUUGUAAAAUAUUUUGUCUAUCUUUAUCUAUGUGAUAGGUUUUUGUUUCUUUAGAUUCUUUGAAGUGUGUGUGUGUAUACGUGGUAAUCAAAUAUUCGAUUACAUUUUAUACUUUUAUUACCAAUGGAUUGUAAGUUAGCACUAUAGUAUUAAUUUUUCAAAAAAAGAAAUUGAUACUAGAUGUAUUUGUUUUGUACGAUUUCAU